AUGCCUGAUUAUCUGGGUUCAGAUCAGCGGAAGGUCAAAGAAACCAAGGAAGAUGAAAAGGAAAUUAAAGCCCUCGACGAAGGGGAUAUCGCUUUGUUAAAAACAUACGGUGCGGCGUCCUACAGCAAAGAGAUAAAACAAUGUGAGGAGGAUAUUCAAACUUACCUAAAGCGCGUCAAUGAGCUUACUGAUGAACAUCCGCUGCAGGUUGCUCGUUGUACCAAAAUAAUCAACGCCGAUCCCGAGGAGCCGAAGUAUAUAAUUAAUGUGAAACAGUUUGCUAAAUUUGUGGUGGAUUUGGCGGAUACUGUUGCACCAAUAGAUAUCGAAGAAGGCAUGCGUGUGGGAGUUGAUCGCACCAAAUAUCAGAUCCAUUUACCUCUCCCGCCUAAAAUCGAUCCUAGCGUAACAAUGAUGCAAGUUGAGGACAAACCUGAUGUGACGUAUAGUGAUGUCGGUGGUUGCAAGGAGCAAAUCGAGAGACUCCGUGAGGUAGUGGAAAUGCCGCUUCUGCACGUAAGUAUGGAAAUACCGGUGUGUGAUAGUACCAUUAUGUUAAUUAUGCGCUUGUGA